AUGGCAAACCAAAAAAACCAAAGCAGCCUUUUGAGGAAACUGGCAGUAAGCUUAAUCGCGAUUCAAUUUAGUUUGGAUUCAUGCGUAUAUCUGUCCAACGUGAUUCAAUACAUUCAGACACUUGAAUCAAAAAAUCCGGAGCAUUAUUUAUCUGUGCUGCAAGCUGUCUCCGCAGCUGUGCAAGUCGCCUCGUCAUUUUUUAUCGGCAAUAUUGCGGAAUGGGUUGGUUCUAUCAAGUGGAUUAUAAUUAUCCUUUACUUCUUGUCAUUUGCUGGAAACUUUCUUUACUCUUGUGGUGGGGCUAUAUCUCUCAAUACCCUUCUAGGCGGUCGAAUUGUAUGUGGUACUGCUUCCGCUUCUGCAGCAAUUGUCUACAGUUAUAUCACCUCAGUUGCCCAAGAAAGAAACGCAAUAUUUGAACUACUGACCAGCUACAGAACCUCCGCAGGGAUAUUUAUGGCACUUGGCCAAUUAGUUGCUAUCCUCUUUGCUCUAUGUGAUUUUAAGGUUGGGAACUACCGAAUAACGUCUUAUAAUGCGCCCACAUUUGCAUCAAGUUUCAUGAUUCUUAUUGUGGGCGUUUUCCUUGCUGUCUUACUUGAAGAUCCCAAGAUAGCUAAGUCCGAUGGCAAAAAGGGGAGCUUACUUGGCGCUUGGAGGCAAUUCUUUGAUGCGCCAGCUAGAAAGGUCUUUGCAUGCCUCAUUCUGCUCUGGACCAUGUUUCUUUCGACGUUAAUUGUUAGCGAAGUUCUUUACUUUAUGCCUGUUUUUCUAACUCUCCAGGUACAUUGGAAAACCGAAUACGAGGGGGCCGCAUUCAUGGUGGCAGCUUUUCUUGGAGUUGCCGGAAGUUUCCUUGCACCCAACUUAGUGAAGAUGAUGUCUGAGAGGGAAUCAAGCGAAAACUCCUUGUUAAAGAAAGGGAGAAGUAGCGAAGAUACAAAGGUAAUGAUACCAAUUGAACAGCUAAGAGCUGAUGUGUUUUACCGCAACCAAGUUCUCCUUUCCAUUUUUGCGCUGUUAAUCUUUUUAGCCGGCCAAGCGCUUAUCAUUGCCGCAUCGGAGGCUCUAUCGCACAAUGCGCUUCCCCCUACAAAUUCUGGCAUCCUCUUUGUAGCUGGCUUGUCAAUUGUCAUGGUCGGCUACAACUGCUUAGGAUCCAGUAUCCCAGCCAUCUUUUCCACACAUAUCGAUCCUAAGUUGAAAGUGCGACUGAUGCCAUGCAUUGGCGCUAUAUCAGGGAUUGGAAAAUUAGUGGCGCCAAUAGUUUUUGGCGCUCUUUACAAAACUUGUUUGGGCCUUCCAAUCGGAGUCGGGCUUGGGAUGAUAUUGGUGGGAAUUUCAAUUCCGCCCUUAAUUUGGUUAUUGAUGAAAAAAUACUGA